AUGCAAGUAGUCACUACUCAUGAGCCCCUGUUUCGUGCACUCCAUGGUCGAACAUGCAAGAAGAAUCACGAUCACCAACACCUUGAGGGAUCGACGCAAAUUCAUGGUCACUCAAUCCUCCGAACCAAGUUUUCCGAGAUCUAUCCCCGAAAAUUUGUGAGACUGGUUGCAAAAGUUUUGUGCCAACGUGGUCACCACUGGCCGUUUCAGUGGAAAACUGGCCUUGCCCUGUGUCAAUGCAAUUCUGGUGAUCCGACACCAGGGCUUGCAGCCAGCCAGAAGCGCCGUGACAGCUUUGCCCGAUCUCAACUGUCGACGCCGGAAGAGAGUGAUGAAGCCGGUGUGAAACGAAGAAGACUAGAAGGAAAACAAGGUCAAUCCAGCACUCAUCCGACCCCGACAGUAAAUCGGGAGACUGGUGCCCUUGAUGAUCCGAUGCCAGCCAAUCCCGAGAUUGUGAGUUUGCAGCCCAUGCACCCGUCACCACAGAAUGGCGAAGUCCAUUCACCACGUGCACUGCAAUCAAAUGGCCAGAGACCGGAGAUGGUGAAAGCUGCACUCGAGCUCAAAUGUGGCAUUUGUGCCGCCAGUUCCGCUCCCAAGCAUCAAAGACCAGGUUCCGUGCUCAGUGAUGAGUCACUGCCGGCUCAUACAGCUGCCAUCCAGGAAAAUUCAGAGUUUACAGCAGAGCAGUUUCGCGAUCAACUCAGGCUUCGAGAAGUGGCAAGACGAGCCUUUCACACAGCCGACAAUAGCGAUGCCUUGCGGAGCAGACUUUACCGCAGUGCACCAGAGAAUGUCAGAUUGUCACUUCCUGAAGAGGGCGAACCCGGUGGACCUGAUUUGCCCGAAGAUUUGACUCAAAUUCAACAGCAGAUCAAUCGCAUUUCCCAACAUCCUGAAGCCAUGCAAUCAAUUCCCGAAAACGAACCACUUGAACCUGACAUUGAUGCCACGUUACAAAUACCAGAGAAGACCACCCUGUAG